CGCUGGCAUCGAGAACGGCGACGAGAAUCGCUUGCCGAGGAUCACCGGCGACCACAUGCUCGACCUACCGAUCGGCCACGAUGAAGACGCGUACGAGACCGUAGUCGGCGAUCAGAGGUCCAUCGAGUUUCUCGCCCUCGCCAGGGACGCGCCUUACGACUCGCGGUCCGUGUCGAAGGCCAUCGAUUACCGUAGACGAUACGACGAGUUCCAAGGGUGCGAGUACACCGAGACGGCGCUAACGGAACCAGCGAACGAGCUCCACGACUGCAGCAGUAGCAGCGCUAACAGCCUCGACGAUCUCUGCCGGGGCCAUCGGCGGGUCUACGCCGAUUUCAAUCACGCCGAGUCCUCGAGCACGCACGACCAUUACAUGGUGCCGACACGGGACCCCCGGGAGCUCAACGAGAGGAUCCUAUCGCUGUUCAAUCCGCAAUUCCUGCCGAAUUUCAACGAUAUGAUCAUGUACGUGGCGAGCCAGUGCGACACCAGGCGCAGCCCGCCGCCCAGGUCGCGAUCGAUGGCCGAGGGCGAGGACCGGUUCUUCAGGAGCUCCAGCUACCGGAAGAAACGCGUCGGCGCCGGCUCGAUGUUCUUCCGGCGCGGUCUGAUGUACGAAACGGCGCACAAGUGACAUCGGGUGUUCUCUCUCGGAUCGGGAGGAAGGACUCACGGAUGGGUGGACGGAUGUGUGAAACGCGAGACACCUUGAGAACAAUGUCCCGCGACAGUCGAUCGACGGGCUGGAUACUGAGAGAUCCCGACACACGGAUGCUCGCGACUUUCCAGCAAGAUUUUACUUCGCAAAUAUCUCCUUGGUACAACUGUCCGUUCGAGAGACCGCCAAGGGACGUCAUU